ACUUUCCCCCCGCUGCCGCCCCUGCUAACAUGCGCACCGCCCUCUCUUCCCCCAACUUUUCCAUCUGAAAUCCCUUCCACCGCCCCUUCGCCCUCUCCCCUCCCCUCCCUCCCUUUUUAUCACUAACAUGCGCCAUCUCCACCACUCCAUCACCGCCAUGGCCCCUUCCUCCUCCCUCAAAAAAACCCCAAUCCCCAAAACCCCUGCCCCUCACCACCACCCGAAUUCCCCAAAUUGCCCCUCCCUCUGCCGCCACUCCCCCUCCGCCACCCUCGACCUCCUCAUCUUCAUCCUCGUCCUCUUCUCCGGGGCCUUCCUAAUCGUCUCCUGCUUCUCCUACCUCUUCCAGUCCCUCUCUCUCAUCCUGCCCCCUUUCUCCACCAUCGCCGCGCAUUUCCACCGCCAUCUCGCCUCCAAUCCGCAGUCGCAGCUGAUCUUCUUCACGCUAUUCGCCGUCUCCUUAGUCGGAUUUGUGAUCUUCUUCGAGAUCUGCUGCGGCCACAGAUCGAGAAGGUGCGAUAGGAAAGGGUGCAGAGGGCUGAAGAAGGCGAUGGAGUUCGAUUUGCAGCUUCAAGGCGAUGAGCUGCUCCGCUCGGGAAAUAAGGCAGUGAGAGACGUCAAUGAGCUGCCGUGGAAAGGGGGCGUUGAGGAUAACCCUGAUUACGAGUGCCUGCGGGCGGAGCUGAGGAAGAUGGCGCCGCCUAACGGCCGCGCUGUGCUGCUCUUCCGCGACAAAUGCGGCUGCCCCGUCGCCAAACUCGAAGGCUGGGGGCCGAAACGCGGCCGGCGCCACAAGAAGAGUCUGUCUCUUAAUGGUGGAGGAGAUCAAAGGUGACGGGUGAGUGUCUUGCUAGGACUCUUACCAUUUUCAUCCAUUGUAGUUGGUUUCAUUACUGUUACCAGUUUACAUAGAAACUGAAACCCUAAAACCCACAUUAUUGGGGAAGUAUCUCUCUCUCUCUUUUAAUAUACCAAAGUGAAAAUAAAUAGACAAAUAAGUUAAUACUAUCAUUUACCAGAUUUAUAUAUGCAUUGAUGUGUUUGCAUUGGGUUGUUAUCAUGUCAAUACAAGAGACAGAGAGGGAGGCCUAGCAAAUCAUGAGUUGGGUUGUUAUUAUAUCGAUACAAUAACAACGUGACACAAUAAGGCCAAACCCGAAUACAACGUGAUAAGAAAACCCUCCGAGACAAAUAAGAGGAUGACAUGCUCGUACGGGUGCGGAAACAAAAACGAUAGCAGCAAUCAAUCUCACUAAUUAUAUUUAAUGUAUUUUGUAAAAUAUCUCAUUCACAUCUAAUUAUUUUGUAAGUUAUGUAGUAAGAAA